UCUCCGGUCAGAAGGCAGCGGGCAGAGCGCAGAGGAGCAGCGGGGUCAGCGGGCUCGAUACCUUCGGACUACUGCGCUCACCUGGACGGCGCCUCAAAAGAUGCCGCCGCCGCAGCCGGGAAGAGCCGCCGCCGCCGCUGUGUGUGUCGCUCUCCUAUUUUUUUCUCACUUUCUGGAGCCGACGCUGGUGCUCGCGUUCAACCUGGACACCGCUCACGUCAUCAGGAAGGACGGAGAGCCGGGCAGCCUGUUCGGGUUCUCCCUCGCCAUGCACCGGCAGCUCAACCCGGAUAAAAGAAUGCUAUUGAUUGGAGCGCCCAGAGCCCGAGCUUUGGGGAAACAGACAGCCAACAUCACAGGAGGCCUUUAUAAAUGUGAAAUGACUCAGUCUCCCAAUUGUGAGCGUGUCGAAUUUGAUAAUGAAGAGGACGUAAGUGUUGAGAACAAGGAGAACCAGUGGAUGGGGGUGACGGUUCAGAGCCAGGGACCCGGGGGAAAGAUCGUGACUUGUGCUCAUCGCUACCAGAAGCGCUUGUAUGUGAACACGCCCCUGGAGUACAGGGACAUCACGGGGCGCUGUUACGUCCUGAGCCAGGACCUGACCAUCGACCCGCACUCCGACGAGGACGGAGGGAACUGGAACUUCUGCAAGGGCAGACGCAGAGGCCACGAAAUGUUUGGAUCUUGCCAACAAGGUUUGGCCGCCACCUUUACCAAGGACUACCAUUACGUGGUGUUUGGGGCACCGGGAGCGUACAACUGGAAAGGCAUCGUUCGAGUGGAGCAAAAGAACAACACUUUGAUAGAGAUGGAGAUGUAUGACGACGGCCCGUAUGAAGUUGGAGAGGAGCUCGUGCCUGUGCCCGCCAACAGCUACCUGGGAUUCUCCCUCGAUUCGGGACACGGCAUCACGAGGGGCGGAGGCCUGACGGUGGUGGCUGGAGCUCCCAGAGCCAAUCACAGCGGAGCUGUGGUCCUGUUGAAGAAGAAGAGCGAAACCUCCUCCAGGCUGGUGGUGGAGCACACGCUGCACGGGCCGGGACUGGCGUCCUCGUUUGGCUACGACGUGGCCGUGGUUGACCUGAACGCUGACGGAUGGCAAGACAUCGUCGUGGGAGCCCCCCAGUUCUACGUGAAGGACGGAGACGUCGGAGGCGCUGUUUACGUCUACGUCAACCAGGCAGGAAGGUGGGAACAGACCACACCUGUCCGUCUCAACGGGACCAAGGACUCCAUGUUUGGACUGGCCGUGGAAAACAUCGGAGACGUCAAUCAAGACUCGUACGAAGACAUCGCCAUUGGAGCUCCUUAUGCUGACGGCGGCGCAGGGAAAGUCUUCAUAUACCACGGCUCUGCACUGGGGAUCCAAACCGGCCCUGCACAGAUCCUUUCAGGAAAAGCGCACAACACGCGGCUCUUUGGAUAUUCCCUGGCAGGGAACAUGGACUUGGACAGUAACUCGUAUCCAGAUGUGGCCGUGGGCUCCCUGUCGGACACAGCUCUGAUCUACAGGUCACGGCCUGUCGUUAGCAUCAGGAGGGACGUCAAAAUAUCGCCAAAGGAAAUAGACCUUACAACCAAAACCUGUGGUCAAAGCAUUUGCUUCGCGGUGGAAGCGUGCUUCACCUGGAAGUCAAACACGGCGUCUUACAACCCCAGACUAACUAUCGGCUACUCCAUCGAGGCGGACGGAGAUCGCAGGAAACACGGGCUGACCUCCAGAGUGACGUUCCUCAACAACCCCCGCACCGAGACAGACUACCAGCUGAACGGCACCUUGGACCUCCGCGGCCAAAACCAGAAGUCCUGCAUCAAGAUGACCGCCAAACUAAAAGACAACAUCAGGGACAAGAUGCGCAGCGUCCCCAUCGAGGUGUCUGCAGACAUCGCGGGGACCAAACCACACAAGGCGAGGAACGGCCUCUCGCAGCUGAUGCCCAUAUUAGACUCCUCUCAACCAAGCAAAGACGUCAUUCAGGUGAACUUUGUGAAAGAGGGAUGUGGAAGGGAUCAUGUUUGCCGGAGUAACCUGAAGAUGGAGUACAAGCUGUACUACAAACAAAGCAACCUGGACGUGUACUCCCCACUGCCCAUGAGUAACAGGGUCCCGGUUUUCCAUCUGAGUUACGAGAGGAAGGACUUGGCUCUGCGAGUGACGAUCAGCAACAUGAACGAAGAUGAUGCUUACGAGGCAAAGCUGGUGGGGACGUUCCCGGACACGCUGUCUUAUUCUGGGGUCCGCUCGCAUGAGAAAACGGUGGAAAAGCCAAUCAUCUGUACAGCCAAUGUGAACGGCUCUCAGGCAGACUGCGAGCUGGGAAAUCCUUUUAAGAGAGACUCAAAGGCUACAUUUUACAUCAUCCUCAGCACUGUGGGCAUGACUCUCGACACUAACAAGAUUGACAUCACCCUGCAGCUCCAAACGACAAGUGUGCAAGAAGACAUCGCCCCUGUUAAAGUGAAGGCUAAAGUAAUCAUUGAAUUGCCGUUGUCAGUCAGUGGGGAAGCCAGCUCGAACCAGGUUUCCUUUGGAGGUGUCGUGAGAGGGGAAAGUGCCAUGAAGACAGAAGAAGAGAUUGGAAGUUUGAUUACUUACACAUUCAGAAUAAACAAUCUGUGGAAGUCUUUGACGCCUUCUGUCAAAGCCUCACUUCACAUCCAGUGGCCCAAAUGGAGCAAAGACGGUAAAUGGCUCCUGUACCUGGUGAAGAUCACCGCUGCAGGGCCCGAGGACGUCCGCUGCUCUCCUGAGUCUGAAAUCAACUCCCUCCAACACAUCCAGGAGGCCUCCGCGUCCAGAACAAGGCGGGAAAUUGGAGAGAGAAAGACUGUUGGCAGAAUGUCGUCGCUGUCCGACAAGAAGAAGGUGUUGACAUGUGACAGUGAGAUCGGAUGCGUGGUGCUCAAGUGCCCCCUACAGGGCCUCGACGGAACAUCACUGGAACUCAGGUCCCGUCUGUGGAACUCGACCUUUAUUGAGGAUUUCGCCUCCACCCCAAACCUGCACAUCGUGGUGAAGGCCUCCCUCGUCCUCCACACGGGGGCUAAGAACAUGAUCCUGAGAACUCCCCACACGGAUGUGACGGUGGCCGUGUCCCCUGAAGGUGCAGUGGCGCAGCACACUGGAGUUCCCUGGUGGAUCAUACUGGUGGCCGUGCUCGCAGGCGUCUUGAUCCUGGCUUUGUUGGUGUUUCUGCUCUGGAAGUGUGGAUUCUUCAAACGCUCCAAGCGAGACGACAGCGUCCCGCGUUACCACGCAGUGCGGAUCAGGAAGGACUCCCCCGACUGCCAGGACGGGAACGUCAAGCUCGAUCCCUUUGAUAAGAAGCAGUGGAUGACGAAUUGGAUGGACAGCGAAAGUUACUCGUGACUCGUCUCACGGGCGAAAUGAUUGUUUGCAAACUGCUUUUAAAUCUCAAGCCACAAACAGGAAGGACUUUGCUUUUUCUUCUUCACUUCGGAUCACUAGGGAUCUGUUGAGUUCCUGUCUUUGAAUUGUUUACACUGAACACAUGACAUUGUUUUUGUACGUUUUGUAUAUAUUUAAAUCCUUCUGCACACACUGUAUAUUUAUUUUUUGAUGAGAAAAUAAUUUCAUGCAGCCAAAGAGUUUUUUUUUCUUCCGGGUUAGGGUUAACGUAGUGUUACUGUUUCUAUGCAAGAUAAAUGAGCACAUCUGCUCAUUUAAGGCAGCAUCUGCUGUACGUUAGGCGACCACUGAGAAAGAUUGUUUGUGCCGUGUAAGGAGUCCCAAGGGAAGACGGUCAACAGAAAAUGCAAUGUUAUGUUUUAGAGAAAUUCAAUGUCAAUGACUUGAUUUGUGUAAUAAAAGGUUUAAACAAUGAA